AUGGUAUCUUCAAACCCAACACCAAAUACUCUUCACAUGCCUUAUCUUUCUGCUAUUCCCCGAAAUCCCAUACAUGCCCUCCGUGACCCGAACUGGAAACAAGUUAUACAAGAUGAAUUUGAUGCUUUAAUUGAUAAUCACACUUGGGAUUUUGUUCCUCGACCUCCUAAUUCUAAUGUUAUUCGAAAUCUAUGGAUUUUUCGUUUAAAAACCAAAUCUGAUGGUUCUUUUGAGCGCUAUAAGGCGUGCCUUGCUGGUGAUGAUGACAUCAUUCUGACUGCUUCCUCUGAUUUUCUUUACCAGUCCAUUAUAUCUAAGUCGAGUUUCGAAUUGGCUAUGAAGGACUUAGGUCCCUUUCUUUCUCAACACAGGUAUGCCUCUAAGAUUCAUGACAAAACCGACAUGCCUCAAUGCAAACCUUCUCCUACUCUUGUGACUACUACCGGGAAAUUGUGUGCGAAUGUUGGUUCUUCUUAUGAAAAUGCUACUUUGAAUCAUAGCUUGGCUGGGGCUUUAUAG